CUGGAGACCCUCAUAUCGAUAUUUCCGACUUAUCCGCUUCGCUUACCUACUAAGAAAUUGGUUUCCUGUCUGGACUCUGGACUCGAUUGCUGGAGUCACUUCAACAGACCUGCAGUCACUGUUCAGGGCGCGUGGGGUAGCGCCACAGAGCAGCUCGAAAGACAAUUUGGAAGCAGGAGAAGGAGCACCGUGACAGAGGACGCAGGAAGGUGUGAGCAAGCCAGUUCGGAUUGUUUAUUGGUAUUAUGGAAGUAGCAUUUGGCCUCUGUCGGAACUGCAUAGGAUCAGCUGUGCGUGUGUAGAGCAAAGAAACCCCUCACGGCGCAAAAAAGGGCGGGCAAGAUGGAGAAACCGUGUCAUUUGCUGGUGCAUUUUGACAAGGGCACCCCCGCCUUGGCCAAUGAGAUCAAGUCGGAUUUGGAGGGGAGCGAUGUCGUCAGGAAGCAGGAUGCAAUGAAGAAAGCAAUUAUGCUCCUGCUGAAUGGGGAGCAGCUCCCGACACUGUUUAUCACCAUAGUGCGCUACGUGCUCCCUUCAGAGGAUCACACAGUGCAGAAGCUCCUUCUGCUGUACCUGGAGAUAAUUGACAAGACGGAUGCGGCGGGGAAGGUCCUCCCAGAGAUGAUUCUCAUUUGCCAGAAUCUGCGCAACAAUCUGCAGCACCCGAACGAGUAUCUGCGGGGGGUCACGCUGAGGUUCCUGUGCAGAAUCCAGGAGAGGGAGCUGCUUGAGCCGCUGAUCCCGUCUAUCCAGGCCAACUUGGAGCAUCGGCACUCCUUUGUGCGCAAGAACGCCGUGCUCGCAGUCAACGCCAUCUACAAGCUUCCUCAUGCGGAGGACUUCCUGCAAGAUGCGCCAGAGUUGAUUGAGCGCUUCUUAGGCAAUGAGCAGGACGCCUCGGCGCGGCGCAAUGCGUUCCUUAUGCUCUACCACAGCUCGCAGGAGCGGGCCGUCCACUUCCUCCUCUCCAAUCUGGACAACGUCCCCAACUGGCCCGACAUCAUGCAGAUGGUCGUGCUGGAGCUCAUCCGCAAGGUUUGCCGCACAAACCCUGGCGAGAAGGGCAAGUACAUCAAGAUCAUCCUCACUCUCCUGGGGACCACAUCCACUGCUGUGGUCUACGAGUGCGCUGGUACUCUGGUUGCGCUCUCAUCCGCCCCCACCGCCAUCAGGGCGGCGGCAAACAGCUACUGCCAACUCCUGGUUUCAGAGAGCGACAACAACGUCAAGCUGAUCAUCCUGGACCGGUUGCAGGAACUCAAGUCCAGCCACCGGGAGGUGAUGGUUGACAUGAUCAUGGACGUGCUGCGCGUGCUGUCCAGCCCCAACAUGGACAUCCGGCGCAAGACGCUGGACAUUGCGCUGGACCUGAUCACGCCGCGCAACAUCGACGAGGUCGUGCUCACGCUCAAGAAGGAGGUGGUCAAGACGCAAAACAAGGAGCUGGAGAAAGUGGGGGAGUACCGGCAGAUGCUCGUGCAGGCGAUUCACAACUGCGCCAUCAAGUUCCCCGACGUCGCCAGCAGCGUGGUGCACGUGCUGAUGGACUUCCUCGGCGACAGCAACACGGCAUCGGCGCUCGAUGUGGUCUUCUUUGUGCGCGAGAUCAUCGAGACCAACCCCAAGCUGCGCGAGUCCAUUGUGACGCGCCUCCUCGACACCUUCUCCCAGAUCCGCUCCGCACGCGUCUGUGCGUGCGCGCUGUGGAUCAUCGGCGAGUACUGCCAGUCGCUGCCCGAGGUGGAGUCCGGCCUCAGCACGAUCAAGACCUCCCUCGGCGACCUCCCCUUCUUCACCGAGGAAGAGGCCCCCGCCGAGAACAACGAGAGCAAGCCCGCGCCGACGUCCGUCACGCCCGUCGUGUCGUCCAAGCGUCCGGCGGUCCUCGCAGACGGUACGUAUGCCACCCAGAGCGCUGCGGUGGAGCUCGCGGCCGUUGCGCCGACCACGACGUUGGCGGCGGCGGCAGCCGCGGCGGCGAACCUCCGGGCGCUGCUUCUGACGGGUGACUUCUUCCUGGGGUCGGUCAUUGCGACGACGCUCACGAAGCUGGUGCUGCGGUUAGAGGACCUGCAUGCUUCCAAGGUCGCGAUCAACAAGGCGACCGCGGAGGCGCUCCUGUACCUCGUCUCCAUCCUGCGGCUGGGCGAGUCCACGGCUCUCCCCCACCCGAUCGACGACGACUCCCGGGACCGCAUCACGCUCGCGGUGCGCAUCCUGUCGAGCCCGAGUGACGUCAUGCGGCUCGUGUGGCUCAAGUACUGCCAGGACAGCUUCCGCAAGAUGAUUGUGGAGAAGCAGGCGCGCGAGACGGAGGAGUCGCGCGCCAAGCAGGCUGUCGCGUCCGCGCAGCCGGAUGACCUCAUCGACUUCUACCACCUCAAGAGUAGGAAGGGCCUGAGCCAGGUGGAGCUGGAGGACGAGGUGCAGAACGACCUGAAGCGCGCGACGGGCGAGAUCUCCAAGGAGAGCGAGGGCAUCCGCAAGCUCAACCGGGUGCUGCAGCUAACGGGCUUCAGCGACCCCGUGUACGCAGAGGCCUACGUCACUGUGCACCAGUACGACAUCGUGUUGGACGUGACGGUGGUGAACCGGACGAGCGAGACGCUGCAGAACCUGUGCUUGGAGUUGGCGACCAUGGGGGACCUCAAGCUGGUGGAGCGGCCGCAGAACUACACGCUCGGGCCGGAGGCCAGCAAGCAGAUCCGGGCCAACAUCAAGGUGUCGUCCACGGAGACAGGUGUCAUUUUCGGGAACAUCGUGUACGAGACCACGGGGAGCGCACUGGAGCGCAACGUGGUGGUGCUUAACGACAUCCACAUCGACAUCAUGGACUACAUCUCGCCUGCCACGUGUCAAGACGUGGCCUUCCGGAACAUGUGGGCCGAGUUCGAGUGGGAAAACAAGGUUGCGGUGAACACGUCCAUCACAGAGGUUUCGCAGUUCUUGGAGCACAUCGUCAACUCGACCAACAUGAAGUGCUUGACGCCUCCGUCUGCUUUGGAUGGGGACUGCGGCUUCUUGGCGGCGAACUUGUAUGCAAAGAGUGUGUUUGGCGAAGAUGCCCUGGUCAACGUGAGCGUAGAAAAGCAGCCUGAUGGGAAGCUGGGUGGGUACAUCCGGAUUCGUAGCAAGACGCAAGGUAUUGCCUUGAGUCUGGGAGACAAGAUCACUCUCAAGCAGAAAGGCUAGUCGCUGAGUCCAGCAAUCUGGGGAGAGCAGUACUGCACCAUUGAAACGGGGUCUGUUUCUUGGAAUGAAGUCGAGCUCCUGCAGAUAUUCCAUUGUUAAGCACACUGCUGCAGAUUCUGCAUGCAUUAUGAGUCAUGACGGCCCGCC